UCAAAAAGCAUUUCAAAUGUGAAAAAAUGAUUUGAAAAAAUAAUAUUUUUUAUUAAAAGUACAAAAUUGAAAACAUAUAAUUCAAAACUGUAAAAAAAAUUUUUUUUUCUUUUUUAUUUAUUUAAAUAAUUAUUAGUAUUUAUAUAUUUAUAUAUUUACAAAGCAAUGUCAUUUUCUUAUUUGUGGAUCUUUUGAUGACAAAAAUUUAAAAAUGGCUAUCUAAAAAAUCCCAAAAAAUGAUUUUAGUCCUAUUGGAUCUAAUCUAUUAAAAUAGAGUUCUAUUUUUAUCUACUAUUAAUAAGUCAUACUAGGACCAUCUAAAAAAUUACUUAAUAUUACAUAUUUCAUUAUUUACAUUAAUAAUAAAACAAAUAUAAAUAUAAAUUUAUUUUAAAAUAUAAUAAAUUCUGUUGAGAAAGAAUCUAACAAAAUCUUACCAACCUUCUAAAUAUUUUUAUAAAAUAACACUUAAUUAAUUUCGUAAAUACUAAUAUAAUUUUAUAAUUCAAUGUUAAUUAAAAAUUUAUUAUAAAACAAGAAAAUAAAAUUCUAUACUAUUAUAUAUAUAUAUAUUAAUUAUAUUAUGUAUUAUAUUAAAAUAGAAGUACUUUAUGAAUUAAAUAUGGGUAAAUUAUCUAAUCUAUUAAAAUAGAGUUCUAUUUUUAUCUACUAUUAAUAAGUCAUACUAGGACCAUCUAAAAAUUACUUAAUAUUACAUAUUUCAUUAUUUACAUUAAUAAUAAAACAAAUAUAAAUAUAAAUUUAUUUUAAAAUAUAAUAAAUUCUGUUGAGAAAGAAUCUAACAAAAUCUUACCAACCUUCUAAAUAUUUUUAUAAAAUAACACUUAAUUAAUUUCGUAAAUACUAAUAUAAUUUUAUAAUUCAAUGUUAAUUAAAAAUUUAUUAUAAAACAAGAAAAUAAAAUUCUAUACUAUUAUAUAUAUAUAUAUUAAUUAUAUUAUGUAUUAUAUUAAAAUAGAAGUACUUUAUGAAUUAAAUAUGGGUAAAUUAUCUAUUUUAUUUUUAAAAUAGUUUCAUUUAAAUAAAUUAUCACUCAUCAUCAAAAUGUGUUAGAAUUCGUAAACUAUAUUAUAUUUUUUUAGAAAAAUAAAUUUAUAAACAUAAAUUCAUUAACAUAGGUUAAACUUUUAUAUUUACAACUACAUAUUAUUUUAUUUUAUUUUUUUUGAAACUCUCAAUAAUAUAUUGUUUAAAAAAUAAUAAUAUACAAAAAUAUAAUAGUUUAUAACUAACCUUUAGUUCAUAUACUAUUUAAAAAUAUGUUAUUAGAAAACUAUGAAAUUUUAAUUAUUCAUUCAAAAUAUUAAUGACAAAUCAAAUAUAAAUUUAAUAUUUAUAUUAAUUAUAAACAUAUUCUGAGAGAUGAAUAAAAAUCUUACCGAAAUUAAAAUUAUUUAUAUAAAAUAAUGUAUUAAUUUAGUAACAAAACUAUUUCGAAAAUCAUAUAAUCUCCCACCUCAAAUAUAGUUGUGUAAUUUUCCAAACAAUUUUGACAAAAUAUAAAAUUUUAAAAAUAAGUAUGCAAACUUAAAAUGAUAAUAUUUUAAAUUUUUCAAAAGGUAUAAUUAUAGCUAAUAAAGAAUAAUUUCUUGAAAUGUAACACGGAAAAACAAACUAUGUUAUAAAAAUUAAAGUAAUCUAAUAUUUUGAAGUCUUAAUUUAAUAACAAAAAAAACUUAAUAUCAUAACAUCCAAAAAAUAUUAUAUAUCAAUAAAAUUUACUAAAAUAAUAUGAUGGAUGCUACCAUGUAUACAAUUUACUAAAAUAAUAGGUUUAUAUUCAUAAUAUAUAACACUAAAAUUAAAAUUAUAUGCUUAAAAUGUUUAUAAUAAAUCAAAAGUAUACAUUCAUAAAAUGAAAAAUAUCCGCACGAAUGUACGGGUCAAAAUCUAGUUAUAACGUUAAAACUGUAAGGUCAAGGGGAAAUUAUUGAAUCGCUUAAGUAUAUUUUUUUAAUAGAAUGUAAAUCAAUUCAUACUUAUUAGUUUAAUUUUAUUGGUUGCAACAGCCAACUCUUCUUAUUAGUUUAUGUCAAAGUUGACCUAGAAAAAGUAUAUCGUGUUUAUUUGCUUACAAGUGAUCUCCAUUACUAGAAAACUUUGUGUUUUAUUUUUCUGAAUGUCAUCCUUUGUACCAUUGAAGAAUAAUGGAGAAACAGCCUCAAGCAUUUUGGUUAUGUGCGUUGAUCUGUAUCAAUCUUUCUUCCCUUUUACAUCUCGUUGAAGCUCAGGACGACCAAAAAGGAUUCAUCAGCUUGGAUUGCGGGUUAUCGCCAACCGAUCUUCCUUACAACGAUCCUUCAACCGGAUUAACAUACUCAACAGACGAUGGUUUAGUGCAAAGUGGCAAAACCGGAAAAAUCCAAAAGGAAUUUGAGGCAAUCUUCAGUAAACCGUCUUUGAAGCUUAGAUACUUUCCAGAUGGUGUCCGAAACUGCUAUUCCGUGAAUGUCACGGAAAGCACAAACUAUCUGAUCAAAGCCGUUUUCGUGUACGGUAACUACGAUGGUCUCGCCAACGACCCGAGUUUUGAUCUUUAUAUUGGUCCAAAUCUUUGGUCAACGGUUGAUAUGCAUGGACGGACCAAUGGUACUAUCGAAGAGAUCAUCCACAGGACCAUAUCUAAGUCUCUGCAGGUCUGUCUAGUUAAAACAGGAACAAGUAAUCCUUUUAUUAAUACCUUAGAGCUACGACCACUUCAGAACAAUACUUACAAUACUCAGAGCGGUUCGCUGAAGUAUUUCUUCCGAUAUUAUUUCAGCACUUCAGAUCGCACCAUACGGUAUCCCAAUGAUAUCCAUGAUCGUAAAUGGUAUCCGUUCUUCGAUUCGAAAGAGUGGACAGAAGUAACUACUGAUCUCAAUGUAAACGCUUCUAAUAGUUAUAAACCACCACAAAUUGUAAUGGCGUCAGCAUCAACGCCUAUAAGUACUUUUUGGCCAUGGAACUUCACCUGGACAUUGCCGUCUUCCACUACCCAAUUCUAUGUUUAUUUACAUUUUGCGGAGAUUCAAACUCUAAAGUCCCUCGAUACCCGAGAAUUCAAAGUGACAAUGAAUGGGAAACUUGCCUACGAACGUUAUAGUCCUAGAAUGUUAGCCACAGAAACUAUAUUCUUCUCCACACCACAACAAUGUGAAGGAGGAAAAUGCAUCUUGGAGCUAACCAAGACGCCCAAGUCUACCCUGCCUCCUCUCAUAAACGCCCUCGAGCUUUUCACCGUGAUCGAUUUCCCACAGUUGGAGACAAACCAAGAUGAUGUUGUUGCUAUCAAGGGUAUUCAAAAUACUUAUGGAUUAACUAGAAUAACAUGGAACGGAGAUCCAUGCGUCCCUAAACAGUUUAUGUGGGAUGGUUUAAAUUGCAACAGCUUAGAUAUUUCCACACCACCUAUAAUCACUUCCUUAAACCUAUCCUCAAGUCAGUUAACAGGGAUCAUCGCACCUGGCAUUAAUGAUCUGAUCCACUUACAAGAAUUAGACUUAUCCAAUAACAAUUUGACGGGCGGAGUACCAGAAUUUCUUGCCGGCAUGAAAUCACUCUUGGUCAUAAAUUUAAGUGGGAAUAAUCUUAAUGGCACUGUUCCUCAAGCCAUUUUACAAAAGAAAGGACUAAAGUUGAACCUUGAAGGAAACUCAGAUCUUAUUUGUCCGGAUGGAUUAUGUGUAAACAAAACCGGAAAUGGUGGUUCCAAGAAAACGAAUAUUGUAGUACCGGCUGUUGCAUCGGUCGCGUUCCUGGUUGUUCUUGGAUCUGCAUUGGCUUUCUUUCUUGUUUACAAAAAGAAAAAGACCUCAAACAUUGAAGGUCCAUCAUCAUAUACGCAAGCAUCAGAUGAUAGAACAACCAGAUCUUCAGAACCGGCAAUAGUGACGAAAAACAAAAGAUUUACUUACUCAGAGGUGCUAACAAUGACAAAUAACUUUGAAAGAGUCCUUGGUAAAGGAGGAUUUGGGAUGGUAUACCAUGGAACUGUAAAUGGUACUGAACAAGUAGCCGUUAAAAUGCUCUCACACUCAUCUUCUCAAGGGUAUAAAGAAUUCAAAGCUGAGGUGGAACUUCUCCUCAGAGUCCACCACAAAAAUCUGGUGAGCCUCGUUGGAUACUGUGACGAAGGUGAAAAUUUGGCUCUCAUCUAUGAGUAUAUGGCUAACGGAGACCUAAGAGAACAUAUGUCAGGAAAACGAGGUGGAUCUAUUCUGAAUUGGGAAACUAGACUAAAAAUAGUUGUCGAAUCUGCACAAGGGUUGGAAUACCUGCAUAAUGGAUGCAAACCACCAAUGGUUCAUAGGGAUGUCAAAACCACAAAUAUAUUGUUGAAUGAACAUUUCCAGGCCAAGUUAGCUGAUUUUGGUCUUUCAAGAUCUUUUCCGAUUGAAGGAGAAACUCAUGUGUCAACAGUUGUUGCUGGAACUCCUGGUUACCUUGAUCCAGAAUAUUAUCGAACAAAUUGGUUGAACGAAAAAAGUGAUGUCUACAGCUUCGGAAUUGUACUAUUAGAGAUCAUCACAAAUCAGCCAGUGAUCAAUCAAAGUCGUGAAAAACCACAUAUAGCAGAAUGGGUUGGGUUAAUGCUUACAAAAGGAGACAUCAAAAACAUCAUGGAUCCAAAUCUCUAUGGAGAUUAUGACUCUGGUUCUGUCUGGAGAGCAGUUGAACUAGCAAUGUCGUGUCUAAAUCCUUCUUCAGCUAGAAGACCAACCAUGUCUCAAGUUGUUAUCGAAAUAAACGAAUGUUUAGCAUAUGAAAACUCACGGGGAGGAACGAGUCACAACAUGAACUCACAGAGUUCCAUAGAAGUGAGCAUGAACUUUGAUAUUGGAACUACCCCUGGACCUCGCUAAACUGCAAAAGCUAUAUAGAUCUUUCGUUCUAUUGAGUGAAUUUUUCUUUAUUUAAAAUAAAUGUUGGUUUUGUAAUGAAUUUCUGUCAUUGGUGAAUGAAUUUCUGUCAUUGUUAAAUGUUUUAUUUAAUGUAAUCAAGUUGAAACAGAUUUUCUGAAGAAUAAGUUGAGGAAUAAGGAUGAUACUGGAGAGGUAUAUCAUAUCGGUUGAUGGUUGUGGACAACUGGAUGCUGUUUUCUUUAAUUAUAAGCUAAGAAGUUGCCAAGUUGAUAAAGUAAUGAAAUAUUCAACUUUAGUCAUCUAAUGUGUAUCCUCUGAUAUGAGAAGAUACUUUGUUCUUGAUUUUUUGUUUCCCCUAUAAUUAUGGUCUUAGAACUACAAAUAAUAAAUGGACAUGUGUAUCAUGAGGAUUUUCUCUUGGAAUUCUAAUAAUUAGUACUUAGUAGGACCAAAAUCUCGGAUUUAUUAAGAUAUAUAAAGGGUAAUUGAGGUUAUGCUAAUCUUUCCAAAAAUAGGUACAGGAACAUCUUUGUCUAAAACGUUAAAUGGAAAAAAAAACAAACACCAUAACCGUUCAAUUAGAAAGUCAACAAGCAUGAUCAAUUCUUCUAAUCUCCCCAGCUUGCAAACCUCCAUCGAAUCCUGACUUUUCUUUUGAUUAUAAUAUAGUUUAAACAUUAUAAUAUGAUUGUUUUCUUAGAGUUUUUUGUUCGCGGGAGUCAACUUGAAUAUAAGAUCUUGUGAUACUAUAUAAAUGAUUAUAUUUUGUCUACCAAAUCAUCCAAUUUAGAUAUUUAACUUCAAAUCUUUGUAGCGUUAUUAAAUAAACCUUUUUCAUAACAAAUUACCAAACCUAGCCGGCCGGUUGUAUCUCGGAUUGUUUCAUUACUUUGGUGACUAUUAACUUAGAAAUGAUAGUUACAUAUUUACAUUGCACUAUAUAUUAACUUGAUAAACGUUGCACGACGGAUUUUAAUUCCAUCCCAUAGCCAAGUUGCAAUAGGCCCUCACUACGAGACUCCUCCAAAUUUAUAGCUUGUUUUGGUUUAAUUAGACCGUUUGUGUUUUCUUUUCUUAUCUUUCAUUAAUAUACAAUGUGGGUUUGAACCCAAAUAGUGAUACAUGCACGAGACUAACACAAACCAGUUGCUGUCAUGAUUUUAUCCGUUGAUGUAGUCUAUGUAUACAUCACUUUCUUAACAAUGAGUCUAACACAUUAUUGUGAGUUAUAAACACAUGCAGAAAACAUAGUUUCAUUUUUAAUAACAGGUUAUUAUUCUUUAUGGAGUUUUUUGGAUUUAGAAACGAUAAAGGAACGUCCAGUUUUAUAGUGUAGCCAAACCAGACUACUAAAUGGGUUGCGAGCUUACCGGUAUGGCACUGAAAAUACACCCAAGUCAAAAAGAAAAUCACAUCCAUCACAAGAACAACAUAAAAUACUGUUAAACGAAGAAGAUGGUGUUUAGGGAGAUAUUAGGGGAGAAAAUAAGACAAAGACCAAAGACAAAAAAGAAGAAUAAAAAGAGAGGAAUGUAAAGAGAUGCAUGUGGUGAGCAUUUUAGGGUGUUUGAGUAAGGUGGAGUUAUAUUCUCAAGGCGCACGCCUUCAACAUUAUUAACUCUUUGCUAAUCUCCAAAGAAUGUUUCGAUUUAAACACUUCUGUGAACUAAUAUUAUUAGAUUCAUAAUAAUAUUCUUCCACUAAUAGUAUUCAGCAAUCAGCAUAUACCUGCAUAUAUACAUACUAAAUUUUGGUUAGCAGUAUUAUCUUGAAAAAAACAGAUCUGAAAUCAAUAUUUUUUCUGGAUAAUGUUGCCAAGUGGCAAUAUAAAAUUAUACAUGUAUAAAAAUAUGCAAUUUAAUAACCUUGCAAUAUAUAUCAUAUACGGGUCCUGAGAAUCUAAUUUAUUACUAUUAUUCGAAAAGAGUUCUCCAUGAGUUGUCAAAAAAAAAAAGAGUUCUCCAUGAAAAGAUAAAACUUUUUAACAAGACUAAAAAUAGAGAGAGAGAGAGAGAGAGAGAGAGAGAGAGAGAGAGAGAGGCACUUUCUAAAAACUUUUGCUAAAUUAAUAAUCAUCGCUUCAUAAUUGCAAUUAUUUAUUUUCUCUAACAGUAGUAGUAUAUAUAACAAAGGGUGAAAAUAUUGCAAAGAUAAAUAAAUUAGCCUCUUUUGGCUCUGUUUUCCACAAUUUCAGAAAUUACAAAACUAAAAA